AUGUCACGAAUUUUCCGCCGGUUGUUCUCAAAACUAGACUCAAGCGACUUAUUGAGACGAAAAAUGGCGCCCCCACGUUACUUCCCAAACACAAUGCCCGACUACGAGGGCCAAGACAUCGACACUCAAUUGCCGCAAGGUUUUUUACUAAAAUUUAUGGAAAAAAUAAUAAAGGACAUCGAAAAAGCAAUAAAACCUAUCGAUCGCAACGGCAACGAUGGCUUGUACUUGGGCACAGCCGGGAUUUCCUACAUGUACUACCACCUAAGCAAAAUCCCAAAUCUGAACGAGCACAGGAAUCGUUUCCUGACAAAAGCGGUGGAGUAUCUCGCUCCUGCGUUCAACGCAAUGAGGAACAGUUCCCAACGCGACGUUCCUUCGUUCAUUUUGGGCAAUUCGGGGGUUUACGCGGUCGCUUCGGCCAUUUACAGGGCCAUGGGGGACACCAAUCAGAGUGAAAACUUCAGGAAAAUGUACCACGACGCUGGGAACAUUUGCAAAGACAUGCAGUUCCUAAACUGCGGCUCUGACGAGCUGUUCGUUGGACGAGCUGGCUACGUGUUGGGUGCGUUGUGGCUAGCCAAAGAAACAAACACAGAAUUGCCGAAAAACGAGAUUUUUAUUUUGUGCAAUGUUAUGGUGGAGUCGGGGCGCAAGUACGCCCAAAGGCGCAGCUGUCCGUGCCCCCUUAUGUACUCCUACUACCAGGUGGAGUACCUGGGGGCUGCGCACGGCCUUUGCACUAUACUACAAGCCAUACUCAGCGUGCCAGGAUACCUAGAUUUAAACCCUGCACAUGCAAAGGAAGUUAAAGCGUCCGUGGACUAUCUCUUAUCGCUGCAAGACCGCGACGGGAAUUUUCCCUGCGCUAGCGACGAAAUAGGCAGCCAUAGCGAGUUAGUCCACUGGUGUCAUGGGGCCGCUGGGAUGAUUUAUCUGAUGGCUAAGGCGUAUUUAGUGUGGCGGGAGGAAAAAUAUCUGAGGUCGUGCGAGAAAAUGGGGGAUUUGAUCUGGGCUAAGGGGUUGUUGAAGAAAGGACCGGGGAUUUGUCACGGGGUGGCAGGGAAUGGCUAUGCGUUCUUGUUGUUGUACAGGUUGACCGAACAGCCCAAACAUUUACACAGAGCGGUCAGCUUUGCGAAGUUCAUGCAGACAAAGCAGUUUGUAAAUCAAGCGAGGACUCCUGACAACCCCUUUAGCUUGUAUGAGGGGAUCGCAGGAACGGCAUGCUUCCUAGGGGAUCUGUUGUGUCCGCAGCAAGCCGUCUUUCCCUUCUCUGACGUAUUUUAAACCGUAUUGUAGCUAAAUUAUUAAAUCUCUAACACAAA